AUGCACGCGCACUAUUCUCUUCCAACGCCAGCCCACAGCCUCCCUCUCUCCUUAUCCUUGGCAUUUUCGUCCAUGCACCUGCCCCUUCGUUUUCCCCCUUCCUCUAUACGCUCUCACCCUACCCAGGCAGUGAAAGAGAGGCAGCAGUACGAGCAGGAGUAUGCCAAUUGGACCGUUAGCAUUACCAUCAGCAGCAGUGCCAACAGCAGCCCCCCCUCGCUGCCGUCGCUGCAGCAGUUUCUGGCGACGGUGGCGGCGGUGAGGUCUCUGGCUCUGCCCAUGCGCCUGCCGCCCCUGCAGGAGGGGCAUGGGGAGGGGGAGGAGCAGGGGGGCAGGGGGAGGAAGGGCGGGAAGAAGGGCAGAAGGAGGGGAGGGAAGGGGCGGAAGAAGCAGAAGCAGCGGCGGUUUGAGCUGACGGUGGUGCCUCUGGUGAAUGCUGUUGCCCGCUCGAAUGAGAGGAACCAAGGGAACGUGCAAUGGCAGGUGAGAGGCUGGCAACAAUCCUCCACCGUAUCCCUUCCCCUGCUUGUAUCCCUUCCCCUGCUUGUAUCCCUUCCCCCACUUGUAUCCCUUCCCAACUCCACCCAAAUCCGCCGGUACCUCAAUCCCACAAGGGCUUCAGGAUACUUUUCCCCUACAUCCCUUUCUCCCAUCCUUCCACCCCCCAUCUCACCCACUCGGGCUUCCACCUGA